AUGUCUGAAGAAAACCCCCAAGAGUGCACGGAGCCGGUAGAGCCCAAGGCUAAGCCCGCCCCAGAGAAGACGAGCGACUACUACAGAGUGAGCGAGCAGCUCCCAAUCAGGUUCAACAACCCGGGGUGGUUUCGUGGCUACAGGACCAAUGAGGCUGUCUCCAUGUACACUACCAGUAACCAGACUUAUGGGAGCAGAGCACCCACGGUGCAUGAGAUGCCGAAAGUGUAUUACCCGUCUUCAAAUAAGUUUUCCAGACAACUUUCAGCUACGGGAAUGUUCCAGAGUAAUACUUUAAAUGUCGGCUUGGAGAAGAGUAUAGUGACAGGUCCUGACAAUUACAUCACUCACUGUGACCGCCUUAACUUUCACCCCAGCUACAAUGUCAACAGGCCGUCCAUCUGCGACUAA